CUGCUCUGACAUAAAUGUCUAUUCGUUUGCGGCCGCCUCUGGCUACAUUAAAAAGCUAUUUUAGUGUUUUUAAGUUUAAAAACUCGCUCUAUUCGUAAAUAAAUAGUUCUUACAUUUAUAUUAGUUUACAAAUAAUUGACACAAUGACCUGGGGAUUCGUCACUUGUGGUCCUAACGAGGCUCUUGUAGUGUCUGGAUGCUGUUACUCAAAGCCUCUGCUGGUGCCGGGCGGGCGCGCGUUCGUAUGGCCGUCCAUCCAGCGCGUGCAGCGGAUAUCGCUCAACACCAUGACGCUGCAAGUGGAGUCUCCCACUGUCUACACCAGCCAGGGCGUGCCGAUAUCUGUCACUGGGAUUGCGCAGGUCAAAAUACAAGGACAGAACGCCGAGAUGCUGUUGUCAGCAUGCGAGCAGUUUCUGGGCAAGUCGGAGCAGGAGAUACAGCAUAUAGCCCUCGUCACACUGGAAGGUCACCAGCGCGCUAUUAUGGGCUCCAUGACAGUCGAGGAGAUUUACAAGGACAGAAAAAUGUUCUCCAAAAAGGUUUUCGAAGUGGCCUCAAGUGAUUUAAUCAACAUGGGCAUCACAGUUGUUUCCUACACCCUUAAAGACAUAAGAGACGAAGAGGGCUACCUGAAAGCGCUGGGCAUGGCGCGGACGGCGGAGGUGAAGCGCGACGCGCGUAUCGGCGAGGCGGAGGCGCAGGCCGAGGCCAAGAUCAAGGAGGCCAUGGCUGAGGAACAACGCAUGGCCGCGCGCUUCCUCAACGACACGGAGAUCGCGAAGGCGCAGCGGGACUUCGAGCUCAAGAAGGCGGCUUACGAUGUCGAAGUUCAGACUAAAAAGGCCGAAGCAGAAAUGGCCUACGAACUACAAGCGGCCAAGACGAAGCAGCGAAUCAAAGAGGAGCAAAUGCAGAUCGCAGUCGUUGAGCGCACGCAGGAGAUCGCCGUCCAGAAGUGGGAGGUGCAGAGGCGCGAGAAGGAACUAGAGGCAACAGUCCGCAGGCCCGCGGAAGCAGAGAAGUUCAAGCUGGAGAAGCUGGCGGAGGCGCACAAGCUCAAGACCGUGCUGGAGGCCGAGGCUGCUGCCGAGGCCGUCAAAGUGCGGGGAGAGGCUGAAGCAUACGCCAUCAAAGCGAAGGCGGCGGCGGACGCGGAGCAGAUGGCGAAGAAGGCCGAGGCCUGGAAGGAGUACGGCUCCGCGGCCAUGGUCGACAUGAUGCUCGAGACAUUGCCCAAGGUGGCAGCGGAAGUGGCGGCGCCACUGUCGCAGGCGCGCAAGGUGACGAUGGUGUCGUGCGGCGGCGGCGAGGUGGGCGCGGCCAAGCUCACCGGCGAGGUGCUCAGCAUCGUGCAGUGCAUCCCCGAGCUCGUCAAGGGCGUCACCGGCGUCGACAUCUCCAAGGCGGUCGCGGAGCCGCCGACGGUACCCACGCCCACUCCGUCCCAGCGCGGCGACUCCGCGCGGAAGGCGCGAUAACUGACGCUCUCCACGCAACCUUUGUAUGCUCAUCGAGGGUGUGCGCGCUAUGUAAAGGUGCAGGGGUCGACGCACAGCAACAACAGGCAAAAGUAGUUUCGGUUCUAUUUGUUUAUUACCUUGCAUUUUAUUACUAUCAAGAACAGAUAAUUUAUUGUACCUACCUAAGUGCCACUCUCUUGUUUUUGUAAUAUUUGAGUAACUAAUCCGUUUUUAUUUUUAUUUAUUAAUAAAAGGCUAUAUUACAAUAUUUUAUAAGAGUACAUUUGCUUACGUGCUCUAAAAAUAAUAUGUAUUCUUCUAUUCUGGUAUACAACGUUCUAUUGUUAUCUAUCUAUGUCUAUGAUGACUGUCUCGUAAAAACUGUAAUAUAAAGAAUAGUUAAUUCAAAAAAUAGUAACUUUGAUCCCAAGUGAGAGACGUAGUUUUAAAUAUAUGUUUAUAUGGUCAGUAUAGAUAAAUGAUCGAUCUGAAAAUGUAUGUGUUCUGCGGUGUUCUGGCGAGGCACGGAGCGCCCAGUGGAGGCGCGGGCGAGGCGGCGCCGGCGGCGGAGGCGGCGGGUCGAGAAGGUAUAGGCAUAGAACAGGUUGGCUUCUAGAGGGAGCCACACGAGCUGUUUGUCCUAGCGUAAAUUUAAAAUGUUUGACCAAUCGCCUAAAUUUUCCCAAAUUAGAAAAUUACAUGAUAAUGAUUGUUAUACAAAAAAACUAAACCUAUAUUUUUUUAAUUAGCUAAAACUGUCGUUAAGGUAUAUCUAAAUAUUUCGUGUUCAACAAAGAGGAGUUUAGAGGUCCUAGCUGUAAUUUAGUACACUCUUAGAUAUUGAUGUACAUUUUUAAUAUAAUCAAUGUUUUCUACCUUCACGGUAAUCGAAAAGGCAAACCUGCGUUCUGCUUGAAUUCAUGUAUUUUUAUUUGCGCCAACGUAUUACCUGAUUCGGCCUCACCUAGUGUAAUAAAUUUGUAUAUUGUUAUAAGUAAGCAUUAAACAUCACUACUGUCAACUUUAUUUUACUGUCAUUAUGCGAGAAUUGUACUGUAAAAUUUCAAUCUGUGAUUGGGAAUAACUGAUGUAGUGUAAUUUCUGAUGACCGAUUGAAAUUAACGAGCCUGCAGUUAAGUAGUUGUUAAGACUGUUACUUUAACCCUCACGGGGCAAUGCGCAUGUGCGGCUUACCACCACCACCACCACCUGGCCGCUCUCGGGAAUCGAGCUUUAAAAGCUGUAGGGUGAGCGGCACAGAUCUUCGUUGAGGCUCUUUUGGAGAUACGAAUAAACCAUUAGAAAGAAGUCGAAGUCUUCUCCAGAGCGUAUGUGCGUCUAUAAUAUUACUUAUAUGUGAGCAUAGAUACCCUGGAUUCUCUGGAGGGAUGCUUAUUUAUAUGUGCUUUAUCUUUAUCAUAAUACUACAAAUGUAUAGAGAGAUCUGAGUAAUACUUUCAAAAUCCUCUUAAUGAGAUCUUUUAGGUAUUGAAAUAUCGCCACUUGAUACCGGUGUCAGGCUUAAGUAUGUAGGUUCGCGUGUUAACUUUUUAAAGUUCUUUGUAAAAUAUUUUAUUUACCUCGAAGCCGGUUAUCGAACUUUUUUUGAUGCCGGUGCCAUAUUUUUUGUAUUGUUUUUAAUAUUAAAAAUGUUUUAAAUCUUAAUUAGAUUUUAAGCGUGACAUGAUUCUAAAUAUAUUAAAUGUGGGAUGACAUUGAUGUUACUUUAUAAGUUGUCCGAAAUCGUUUGAAAUCAAAGUACAGCACAAAAACUAUGCAUUUAUAUUUUUAUUUAAUUAAAUAUUUUUUUAGUAUCUAACUAAUAAAUGUAAAACAAACAUCACACUGACGGGUUAUGUGUAUAAAAUACAAAUAAAUUUAAUGGUUUUGCAUUUUCUUCGCCUAAGUCUAAUAUUUCUAGUAUAAUAUUUGGUUAUCUUAGGCACAUUUGACAGACGAAGACAUUCAUUAACUAAACUAAGUACAUAUUACAUCUGUUGUAUUAUAUGUCUGUCUGUGCAAUACUAAUACCUCAGUACGUUGUUCUUUGUAUCAGUGUGAUGUAAUGGAAUAAUGCUUAAACUCUGUUAGAAAUAUUAAAAAAUAUUUCAUAAGUAUAAUGUGAAGGCACUUUGAGUGGCAAUGGCACAAUAGAGAUCGAGUUAUGUUUGGUGUGGAUAAAAAUAACAAAAACUAUGUGUAAAGUGGUUUUUAUUCGUGUAUAUUCAUUAAAAAUUGCAGAUAA